ACAGCAAUCCAAAGGGUAGGGAAUGAGCCCUGGGGACUGGGGUGGCGGAGGAAAGGUGGAAUUAAGGAGGCGGGUCCUGGGUGUUGGGCCCGAGGGAGCAUGCUGUCUGUGUUGGCUGAGUGGAGUCCUCAGUGUCCGUGGUAAGUCAGGGCUCUCGGUGAAGGGCAGAGGUGUACCCUUUCCUGGGAGGCCUCAGAAGACGCUUCCCAUCUCUCUGUCUGCUGUCUCCUCAUUUCCCAGAAUGGGACUGAUGGGCUCCAGAGGGCUGUCCUGCAAGAGGAGAAGGAGAAAAAUGUGGUGCCAAUUACGGAGUCCGUCCUCGGAGGCUUGGAGCCCAGGGGUCGAAAAUGUCCGCUUGGUAGAUCGAAUAUCUUCUAAGAAAGCAACCCUAGGUACUUUGUAUUUGACGGCAACUCAUGUCAUAUUUGUGGAAAAUGCACCUGACACAAGAAAAGAAACAUGGAUUCUUCACAGUCAGAUUUCCACCAUUGAAAAACAGGCAACAACAGCUACUGGAUGCCAUCUGCUCAUUCGUUGCAAGAACUUUCAGCUCUUACAACUCAUCAUACCACAGGAGAGAGACUGCCACGAUGUGUACGUCUCUCUGAUACGCCUUGCAAGGCCAGUUAAAUACGAAGAGUUAUACUGCUUUUCAUUCAACCCCAAGCUGGAUAAAGAAGAAAGGGAGCAAGGCUGGAUGCUGAUCGACCUCAGUGAAGAGUACAAGCGCAUGGGCCUCCCUAAUGAUUAUUGGCAGCUCAGUGAUGUGAAUAGAGACUACAGAGUUUGUGAUUCUUACCCAACUGAACUGUACGUUCCCAGAUCGGCCACGGCACACAUCAUAGUGGGGAGUUCCAAAUUCCGGAGCAGACGGCGGUUUCCUGCCCUCUCUUACUACUAUAAAGAUAACCACGCCUCCAUCUGCCGCAGCAGCCAGCCCCUGUCCGGCUUCAGUGCCCGGUGCCUGGAGGACGAGCAGAUGCUCCAGGCCAUCAGGAAAGCCAAUCCGGGAAGCGACUUCAUUUACGUCGUUGAUACUCGGCCUAAACUUAACGCCAUGGCCAACCGUGCUGCCGGGAAAGGCUACGAGAAUGAAGACAAUUACUCCAACAUCAAGUUCCAGUUUAUCGGGAUAGAAAACAUCCAUGUCAUGAGGAACAGUCUGCAGAAAAUGCUGGAAGUGUGUGAACUUAAAUCUCCCUCCAUGAGUGACUUCCUGUGGGGCCUGGAGAACUCUGGCUGGUUACGGCACAUCAAAGCCAUCAUGGAUGCAGGCAUCUUCAUUGCCAAGGCCGUGGCAGAGGAAGGGGCAAGCGUGCUUGUGCACUGUUCCGACGGCUGGGACAGGACCGCGCAGGUGUGCUCGGUGGCCAGCCUCCUGCUGGAUCCGCACUACCGGACCCUGAAGGGCUUCAUGGUGUUAAUUGAAAAGGACUGGAUUUCCUUUGGUCAUAAGUUUAAUCACAGAUACGGCAAUCUUGAUGGGGAUCCGAAGGAGAUCUCUCCGGUCAUCGACCAGUUUAUUGAGUGUGUCUGGCAGUUAAUGGGACAAUUCCCCUGUGCGUUUGAGUUCAAUGAGCGGUUCCUCAUUCACACCCAACAUCACAUUUAUUCCUGCCAGUUUGGAAACUUCCUAUGUAACAGCCAAAAGGAGAGGCGAGAACUCAAGAUCCAAGAAAGAACGUACUCUCUAUGGGCUCACCUGUGGAAGAAUCGGGCCGACUACUUGAACCCUCUCUUUCGAGCCGACCACAGUCAGGCCCAGGGAACCCUUCGCCUCCCCACAGCGCCGUGCAACUUCAUGUACAAGUUUUGGAGUGGGAUGUACAACCGCUUUGAGAAGGGGCUGCAGCCGCGCCAGUCAGCCACCGACUACCUCAUGGCCGUGAAGGAGGAGACCCAGCAGCUGGAGGAAGAACUAGAGGCCCUGGAAGAAAGGCUGGAAAAAAUCCAAAAAGUCCAGUUCCAUCGCACCAAAGUGAAGAGCAAGCCACGCGAGGCCAGCAAACACUCAGGGUUUUCUACCUCAGACAACAGCACGGCCAACACCCCCCAGGACUACAGUGGGGGCGUGAAGCCCUUCCCCUCCAGGAGCCCUUCGCAGGGCGACGAGGACUCCGCUCUGAUUCUGACCCGGGACAACCUGAAAAGCUCCGACCUGGACCUGUCCGCCAACAGCGAUCAGGAGUCCGGGGUGGAGGACCUGAGCUGCCGGUCCCCCAGCGGCGGAGAGUGUGUUCCCAGCGAAGACAGCGGCAAGGACCGGGACUCUGACGAGGCCGUGUUUCUCACAGCCUGAGGCUUCCGUCUGGAGUUCCAAAAUAAAGGACAUACAAAAGACACUUUCCAAAAAUAAGGGAACAGUGCAAUUCAAGAUGAAAAAUAACUUAAGAAAUGAUACAUGUCUCAAGAAGUAGAAAAUAUAGCAAUGAAAAUGGCGGGGGGGAGUCCAACUCUUAGUUCCUUUAGAUACUGAAGAACAGGAAGUAGCCAUAUUAAGGAAAUUAUCCCAUUCUGAAAAUGAUUCUAGACUAUGAAAGUUGUACUCACGACAGAGCAAGGACCUCUACCGUCACCUGCGGUUAUCAACACGAACCUUCCGCCACGGCAUGCGUCCGCUCAGCUCAGAAAGUACCCUGACCCCUUGCCUGUUCUCACCGUCAAUCUUCCUCAUAUUUCAUUUCCUGAUACACAUUUUGUUUCCUCAAACAUCUGACGUUAUCUUCCUUCCUGACUCCGCUAAUGUUCCUAAUAACAGAGGGCAUUGUUGAGAUGUACCCUUUUUUGGUUAACAGAUCUAUUUCUGCUACUGAGGAGUUUUAUAACUGCUUAAGCUUAUCUUCCAGGUUUCAUGAUCACUUUAACUUUUCCUCAGAUAAUAUAUUUUGAAUUGUUUUGUUACUUUCUUUUGUUGCCUUUUUCCGGAAUCUUUUCUUCCUGUUCACCAUUUAAAAAACGCUAAAACUUAUAACACACCUUUUCCUCUAAGACAGGUCUAAUACCUAAUAAAAUAUAAGUGACAUUUACUCUCUGGUUCUUAAA